AUGGAGGAGAGAAAUGAGAGUGAUAAAGUAGAUGAAGUUAUGCUGCCGGGGUUCCGGUUUCAUCCGACUGAUGAAGAACUAGUAGGGUUUUAUCUAAGAAGAAAGAUUCAGCAGAGGCCUCUUUCCAUUGAACUCAUCAAGCAACUUGACAUCUAUAAGUAUGAUCCGUGGGAUCUUCCAAAAUUGGCAAUAACUGGAGAAAAAGAAUGGUACUUUUACUGUCCAAGGGAUCGAAAAUAUAAAAAUAGCUCGCGUCCCAACCGUGUAACUGGAGCCGGAUUCUGGAAAGCCACCGGGACUGAUAGGCCUAUAUACUCCUCAGACAACACAAAAUGCAUUGGCUUGAAGAAGUCCCUGGUUUUCUACAAAGGGAGAGCAGCAAAAGGGAUAAAAACUGACUGGAUGAUGCACGAGUUCCGGCUUCCCUCGGUCCCCAACUCUGUUUCACCUAAACCUUAUCUCGAGAAAAGUAUUCCAGCAAAUGAGCCAUGGGCAAUAUGUAGGAUUUUCGAGAAAGCAAACUCAAGUACAAAAAGAGUUUUCUCUCAUUCUUGGGAACAUAAAGAUUUUGGUUCGGAUGCCGGAUACCUAUCCAGAAGUUUUCGCAACUCAACCGUACAUGAAGGAGUCAUUAAAGAUUUGACAUUUUCGAACUCUUUAUGUAACUCACUGGGGGCAUGGGAAACAAUUUCAAUACCUGAGACUAUUACUACAUCUGACAUGAUAAAUCCUCAUGCUCUUACUCCUGAUCAGUUCACUUCUGGCAACAUGUCAUUGACAAACAAAACAAAUUCGCCCUUCAAUUCUGGUUUUAUAAACAACAAUAUAGAAAAAUCAUCAAUUUCAAGUUUUUCUCCGAUUGAAAUUCCUGCCUACAAACCAGUAAACCGAAGUAGCAAUAGAACCUGUGAAUUUUCCAUUUCCAAUGGAAACUUAACUCCAAGUUGCACAUUUUCAUCCACAGAACCCUCCUCAAAAUGCAACAUUGAUGCUUCUUCCAUGUUUCUGAACUCUAUAUUUGGAGAGUUUGAUAAGAAUGUAGACAGUAGUACAUUGCAAGAGCAAUGUGACAGCUUUUCGACCGAGUUAUUACAAGACAUGCAAGGAAAUGUGUGCCAUGGAGACAACACGUCUGGCUUAAUACGACAACAAACUAAACCUCGUUCUCAACAAAUUUGGGGUCGACCAGACACGGGGUAG